UUACUCCCUCGCCUAGUGGGUGUUCGCGACAAGAAGCGUUUAGGUUUGCUUUCUACUGUCUUCCCCGCUCCCUAGUUGGUGGUUCCCAAUCUCGAGUCUCCAAGGAACCCCCAUCUUGCUGGAGAGGAACCCAUAUGGAGAACCAGAAUGCUGUGUCUGCUCCUAAAUUCCCGGUGAAGGUUAAGUUGCACCUUGGAUCAGAAUCGUUCCAUGUCAAUGUGGCUAAGGGGUUGCUCUCCACACAACUUUCUGCUAUGAAAGAAGAGAGCAUGACUAUACUGAAGGAUUACAUCACCAAGCAUAAUGUGCCAAAUGAUGUCCCAGACGAGGUGUUAGAAAGUACCUCUGAGGAUGAGGAUGUUGCAGCUGACAAGCCUGCCGAGUCCAGGAAACGCAAGUGACUUCAUUCCACUUAAUCAAUGAAAGGUAGAGAGGCAGGAAUUAUUUACAGUAGAUGAUGCAACUUAGCAUUAGCACAAGCUCUGGUUUCGCUGUCAGCGGAGAGCAAGAGUGGUCUAUUGAAACCGGACAUCCUCCUUUUCCAUUAUUUUCCAGUUAUAUUGCUCCAGAGCGUUGUCGAAAGUCUCAUUUAGAAUCUUUUCUUUAGAUGCACACUUCCAAUACAUUAUCUAAAGUCUCCAGAUUGUAAGGUCGGGCAUAUCAUUUAACUGAAUUAAAAUAGGUUGUAACCUAUAUUUUGGACAAGUUCCAAAGAAAGUUUGGAUUUGUGAAA